CUCUGUCUGCACUUUGCAGCGAAGGCGUGCGUAUUCGAUGAGACUGAAGACACGUCGUAUACGAAUUAAGAUCGUAACCAUAAAAUACAUAAUAGUACAAUACUUCUGUUUACACGGUAUAAUUGCCAAUUACAAUAAUAAUACAUGUACAUGCAAAAGUAUCCCAUCUACUGUGACAUGGAGUUAGUCGAAUAUUGUUUGAAAUUUUAAGUUAUUAUUAGCGCUAUCAUCUAUACUUCAACAAAAAUGGGUAUAUUAUUUGCAAAAAAGAAGCCCUCCAGCCGUGUGACAGAUCAGGAUAAGGCUGUUUUGCAAUUGAAGCAAACAAGAGAUAAAAUGAAACAAUACCAAAGAAGAAUAGAACAAAAUAUUGAAAGAGAUAGAGAAAUUGCAAAAAAGUUGAUAAGCAAAAAUCAAAAAGACCGAGCAUUGCUUCUACUUCGUAAAAAGAAAUUUCAAGAACAAAUUCUAGUCAAAACCGAUGGUCAAUUAGAAAAUGUUGAACGUAUGGUUCAUGAUAUUGAAUUUGCUCAAGUAGAAACUAAAGUCAUUGAAGGACUUAAAUCAGGAAAUGAUGCUCUAAAAACAUUACAUGCUUUGUUAUCAAUCGAAGAAAUAGAAAAUAUUAUGGACGAUACCCGAGAAGGUAUAGAAAAACAACAAGAAAUAAAUGCUUUGCUUGUGGGAUCGUUAACAGAUGACGAUGAAACUGAAGUUGAAGCAGAAUUGGAUUCUUUGUUGAUGCAAGAAUCUGAAAAUGAAUCACAUAAGAAACCAACUCAAAUUUCUUUACCUGACGUACCUACAGAUGUUCCAGUAGAUGUAACUGCAGAUGAAUCAACUAAACAAAAAGAGCCCAAACAAAACAAAAAAGAACCACUUGCCUUAGAGGCCUAGUUCUAAAACUACAUUCUAUAAUUAUUGUCAAUACAGUUGUCAGAGGAACUUAUGACUGCAAAAAAAUAUGAUUUGCAAGUAAAGUUUAAGGAUCAUUAUCAAAUUCAAAUUUAAGAGGCAAUUUCUAUAGACAAAAAACUUGCUAUGUUAAUAUUUAUUGUGAAGCCAAUGUAAAUAUGUACAGAUGGAAUUUGAUUUGGUUUAAAAUUUAAAUAGCUCUAAAAGAACCAUAUGUUAAGUAUUUGUAUCAUGAAAACAGCGUAGUGAAAAUUUUGAAUUCAUACUGAAUGAAUAUUCUUCAAAUAUUUUUCUAACUUUUACAAAACUUACACAAGUUUAUCAUUUUAGUAUUUUAUAUAUAAAUGUACAUUGUUUUUAAACAAACUCAUUUGUAGUUUUUAACUAAUUUUUAAAUUAUAUGACUAACAAUUUUAUAAACAUCCUUAAAAUUGAAUACCUUUUUUUAUACAGUAUAAUAAACGAUUAUAAAGAAAUAAUAAAUACUAAACUUUACUAUGUGUAAUGUAACAUAUUUUAAUUGGAAAAAAAUUGAAUAAAAUUUUUUUUGCUAACAAAA